CGCACCAGCGGGCGAGCGAUGCGCCCUGGGAGCGGUGGGUGCUGAGCGCUCCGCAGAACGCGGUCGGACGGCUCGGGCAGAUUCAGUAUGAGGACGCGCUGGGCCACCCUCGGCCGCGCGGCGGGGCUCGUAGUGCUGCUGCUCCAGUGCUUUGGACUUGCCGAACUCUCUGGCCGCACAGGUAAUGAUCCAUUCACGAUCAUCAAUGAAAACAUGGGCAAGUGCAUAAUGCCUCUGAAUGACUGGAUAGUAACAAAGGACUGUCAUGACACUGAGGACAUGUUAUGGAAGUGGGUGUCCCAGCAUCGGCUCUUUCAUUUGCAAUCCCAGAAGUGCCUUGGUCUAGAUAUCACCAAACCUGUGGAUUCCUUGAAAAUGUUCAGCUGUGACUCCAAGGCCAUGUUGUGGUGGAAAUGUGAUGGUGACUCUCUGUAUGGUGCUGCACAGUACAGGUUGGCUCUGAAAGGAGGACAUGCAAUAGCAAGUACAAAUUCAUCUGAUGUCUGGAAGAAAGGAGGCUUGGGGGAAAAUCUUUGUGACCAGCCUUACCAUGAGAUAUAUACCAGAGAUGGGAACUCCUAUGGGAAACCUUGUGAAUUUCCAUUCUUAAGUAAUGGGAAAUGGCAUCAUGACUGUCUUCUUGAUGGAAAUCAUAGUGGACCGUGGUGUGCUACCACCUUAGAUUAUGAAUAUGAUCAAAAAUGGGGCAUCUGCUUAAAACCAGAAAAUGGCUGUGAAGAUAAUUGGGAAAAGAAUGAGCAGAUUGGAAGUUGCUACCAAUUUAAUACCCAGGCAGCACUCUCUUGGAAAGAAGCUUAUAUUUCGUGUCAAAAUCAAGGAGCUGACUUACUGAGCAUCAACCAUGCUACUGAAUUAACUUACCUUAAAGAAAAAGAAGGCAUUCCUAGAGUUUUCUGGAUUGGCUUAAAUCAGCUGUACUCUACUAGAGGCUGGGAAUGGUCAGACCACAAGCCAUUAAAUUUUCUCAACUGGGAUCCAGAUAUUCCUAGUUCCCCUACCGUAGGGGGAUCAAGCUGUGUGAGAAUGGAUGCCGACUCUGGUCUCUGGCAGAUUUUUUCCUGUGAAGCUCAGCUGCCCUAUGUCUGCAAGAAACCAUUAAAUAAUACGGUGGAGUUAACAGAUGUUUGGACAUAUUCAGAUACACACUGUGAUACAGGCUGGCUGCCAAAUAAUGGAUUUUGCUAUCUGCUGGUAAAUGAAAGUGAUUCCUGGGAUAAGGCACAUAUGAAAUGCAGAGACCUCAGCAGUGACCUUAUCAGCAUUCAUUCUUUAGCGGAUGUGGAGGUAGUUGUCACAAAACUCCAUAAUGGGGAUGCCAAAGAAGAAAUAUGGACAGGUCUUAAGAACACAAAUAUGCCAACUUUAUUUCAGUGGUCAGAUGGUACUGAAGUUACUCUAACGUAUUGGGAUGAGAAUGAGCCUAAGGUUCCCUACAAUAAGACUCCCAACUGUGUUUACUAUUUGGGAAAGCUAGGUCAGUGGAAAGUCCAAUCAUGUGAAGAGAAACUUAAGUAUGUAUGUAAGAAAAAUGGAGAAAAAAUGAAUGAUGCAAGAUCUGAUAAGAUGUGUCCUCCAGAUGAGGGCUGGAAGAGACAUGGAGAAACCUGUUACAAGAUUUACAAGGAUGAAGUCCCUUUUGGAACCAAUUGUAAUCUGACUAUUACUAGCAGAUUUGAGCAAGAAUACCUGAAUGAUAUGAUUAAAAAGUAUGAUAAAUAUCUAAAAAAAUACUUUUGGACUGGUCUGAGAGAUGUAGAUUCACGUGGAGAGUAUAGCUGGGCAAGUGUCGGUGGAAUAAAGCGGGCUCUAACCUUUUCCAACUGGAAUUUUCUUGAGCCAGCGUCUCCAGGUGGAUGUGUGGCUAUGUCUAAUGGAAAGUCUCUUGGAAAGUGGGAGGUGAAAGACUGCAGAAACUUCAGAGCACUUUCAAUUUGCAAGAAAAUAAGUGGACCUGUUGAACCUGAGGAAGUAGCCCCCAAGCCUGAUGACCCCUGUCCUGAAGGGUGGCAUAGUUUCCCCUCAGGACUUUCUUGUUAUAAGCUAUUUCAUAUAGAAAGAAUUGUGAGAAAGAGAAACUGGGAAGAAGCUGAAAGAUUCUGCCAAGCGCUUGGAGCACACCUUGCUAGCUUCAGCCAUGUGGCUGAAAUAAAGGAAUUUCUUCACUUUUUCAUGGACCAGUUCAGUGACCAGCGUUGGCUGUGGAUAGGUUUGAAUAAAAGGAGCCCAGAUUUACAAGGAUCCUGGCAAUGGAGUGAUGGUACACCAGUAUCUACUACUAUGGAAAAUGAGUUUCAGCAGGAUUAUGACGUACGAGACUGUGCUGCUGUCAAGGUCAAUAAUAGGCCAUGGCGAAGAGGAUGGCAUUUCUAUGAUGACCGAGAAUUAAUUUAUUUAAGGCCUUUUGCUUGUGAUACAAAACUUGAAUGGGUGUGCCAGAUUCCGAAAGGCCGCACUCCAAAAACACCAGACUGGUACAAUCCAGAGCGUCCUGGAAUUCAUGGACCUUCAGUUAUAAUUGAAGGGAGUGAAUAUUGGUUUGUUGCUGAUCCUCACUUAAACUAUGAAGAAGCUGUCUUGUACUGUGCUAGCAAUCACAGUUUCCUUGCUACUUUAACAUCUUUUGCAGGACUAAGAGCCAUCAAAAACAAAAUAGCAAAUAUAUCUGGUGAUGAACAGAAGUGGUGGGUGAGAGCUACUGCGGAGGCAGCAGACCACCAUUAUAUAUACUCACGACAUCCAUGGCAUCGCCUUCCUACAGUGUUUGGAAGGGAGUGCUUAUACAUGUCUGCCAAGACUUGGCUUAGAGACUUAAAUAAGCCAGAAGAUUGUAAUAUCAAGUUGCCCUUCAUCUGUGAAAAAUAUAAUGUAUCUUCAUUAGAGAAAUAUAGUCCAGAAUCUGCAGCUAAAGUACAGUGUUCUGGAGAUUGGAUUCCUUUUCAGAAUAAGUGUUUUCUAAAGCUCAAAUCCAGCUCUCUUACAUUUUCUCAAGCAAGCCAUACUUGUCAUACCUAUGGUGGCACCCUUCCUUCAGUGCUGAGCCAGAGUGAACAAGAUUUUAUUACAUCCUUGCUUCCUGAUAUGGGAACUACCUUAUGGAUUGGUUUGCGCUGGACUGCCUAUGAAAGGAUAAACAAAUGGAUGGAUAACAGAGAGCUGACGUAUAGUAACUUUCACCCAUUAUUGCUUAGGUGGAGGCUGAGAAUACCAAUAGAUAUUUUUGAUGAAGAGUCCAACUACCAUUGUGCUCUAAUGCUCAACCUCCAAAAGUCACCUUUUACUGGGACAUGGAAUUUUACUUCCUGCAGUGAACACCACCCUCUGUCUCUCUGUCAGAAAUAUUCAGAAAUUGAAGGCAGACAGACAUUGCAGAAUGCUUCAGAAACAGUAAAAUAUCUAAAUAAUCUGUACAAAAUAAUCCCAAAGAGACUGACUUGGUACGAUGCUCUAAAGGAGUGUCGAAAAGAUAGCAUGCACCUGGUGAGCAUCACGGACCCAUACCAGCAGGCGUUCCUGACCGUGCAGGCCGUCCUUCGUAAUUCUUCUUUAUGGAUUGGACUCUCCAGUCAAGACGAUGAACUCAACUUUGGUUGGUCAGAUGGGAAACGUCUUCAAUUUAGUCGCUGGGCUGAAAAUAAUGCGCAACUUGAAGACUGUGUGAUACUAGACACUGAUGGAUUCUGGAAAACAUCUGAUUGCAAUGAUAAUCAACUGGGUGCUAUUUGCUACUAUCCAGGAAAUGAGACUGAAAAAGAUAUCAAACCAGUUGACAAUGUUAAAUGUCCAUCCCCUGUUUUAAAUACUCCAUGGAUACCAUUUCAGAACUGCUGCUAUAACUUCAUGAUAGCAAAGAACAGACCUAUGGCAGCAACACAUGAUGAAGUUCACUCUAAAUGCCAGAAACUGAAUCCAAAAUCACGUAUUCUGAGUAUUCGCGACGAAGAAGAGAAUAACUUUAUUCUUGACCAACUUCUGAACUUCAAUUAUAUGGCCUCAUGGGUCUUGUUAGGAAUAACUUAUGAAAAUGAUUCUCUUAUGUGGUCUGAUAAGACCAUGCUGUCAUAUACAAACUGGAGAGCAGGAAGACCAACUAUAAAAAAUGGCAAUUUUUUUGCUGGUUUGAGUACUGACGGUUUCUGGGAUAUUCAAACCUUUAAUGCUGUUAAAGAAACACUUUAUUUUCACCAGCAGAGCAUUCUCGCUUGUAAAAUUGAAAUGGUUGACUACAAGGAAGAAUAUAAUACUACUCUCCCACAGUUUAUUCCAUAUGAAGAUGGUAUUUAUAAUGUUAUUCAAAAUAAAGUAACUUGGUAUGAAGCAUUAAACACAUGUUCUCAAAGUGGAGGUCAUUUGGCAAGUGUUCAUGACCAGAAUGGCCAGCUCUUUCUGGAAGAUAUUGUAAAACGUGAUGGUUUUCCACUAUGGGUUGGACUCUCAAGUCAUGAUGGAAGUGAAUCAAGUUUUGAAUGGUCUGAUGGCAGUGCGUUUGACCACAUCCCAUGGAAAGGCCAGAAAUCUCCUGGAAAUUGUGUUGUCUUGGAUCCAAAAGGAAUUUGGAAACAUGAAAAAUGCAACUCUGUUAAGGAUGGUGCUAUUUGUUAUAAACCUACAAAAUCUAAAGAGCAGUCCCCUUAUACAUACUCAUCAAGAUGUCCAGCAGCAAAAGGGAAUGGGUCACAGUGGAUCCAGUACCAGGAUCACUGUUACACGUUUGACCAAGCAUUGCACAGUUUCUUGGAGGCCAUACACAUGUGCCCAGAACUUGAUCCCUCUGCAACUAUUGUUACUGUACAGAAUGAAGAUGAGAAUAAAUUUGUGAGCAGACUGAUGAGGGAAAAUAAUAAUAUUACCAUGAGAGUUUGGCUUGGAUUAUCUCAACAGUCUGCCGGUCAGUCUUGGAGUUGGUUGGAUGGAUCAGCAGUGACAUUUGUCAAAUGGGAAAAUAAAAGUAGGAGUGGUGGUGGAAAAUGUAGCAUUUUGUUAGCGUCAAAUGAAACCUGGAGAAAAGUUGAAUGUUCACAUGGUUAUGGAAGAGUUGUCUGCAAAGUUCCUUUGGACUGUCCUUCAUCCACCUGGAUUCAGUUCCAAGAUAGCUGUUACAUUUUUCUUCAAGAAGCCAUCAAAGUAGAAAGUAUAGAAGAUGUUAGAAAUCAGUGUACUGACCAUGGGGCAGACAUGAUAAGCAUACAUAAUGAAGAAGAAAAUACUUUCAUACUCAAUACUUUGAAAAAGCAAUGGAAAGGCCCAGAUGAUAUCCUACUAGGCAUGUUUUAUGACACAGAUGAUGAGAGUUUCAAGUGGUUUGAUAAAUCAAAUAUGACAUUUGUUAAGUGGACAGACCAAGAUGGUGAGACUCUAGUCGACACCUGUGCUUUUCUGCAAAUGAAGACAGGUGAAUGGAAAAAAGGAAACUGUGAACUUUCUUCUGUGGAAGGAACCCUUUGUAAAGCAGUCAUUCCAUAUCAAAAGAAAUAUUUAUCAGACAACCACAUUUUAAUAUCAGCUUUGGUGAUCGCUAGUACUUUAAUUUUGACAGUUUUGGGAGCAGUGAUUUGGUUCCUGUACAAAAGAAGUGCAGAUUCUGGCUUCACCACAGUUUUUUCAGCUGCACCUCAGUCACCUUAUAAUGACGACUGUGUCUUGGUAGUUGCAGAAGAAAAUGAAUAUGCUGUUCAAUUUGACUAAAUUUUUGAUACUCUCAGAUUGAUACCCAAAGUAUGAUUUCCUUGACAAGUGAUUCCUAUGCAAGAUUUUACUAUGCAACUUAAAGUUGAAAAUUAUAAUUUUUAUCGUAAAUUCUGUUAUUUCAGUACCAUUCUUUUUUUCCCCAUGUAAUGAUUGUGAGAAAAAUUGACAUCAAGUUCAUUAUGAAAACAAUCUCAUUAAUUUUAGAUACCAUUUUGGACCACAACAGGUAUUUAGCACUGUUCAUAAAUUAUUAAAAUUUCAGCAGUGUCCAGGAAGACAUGAAAGAGACUGGCAGUGAGCAUUAACACUACUGUCUCCUUAGGGAAUUUUCUGCUGCCACCACAUGUUUUUCUAUCCAAGGUAUCUCACGCUUCCCAUUCAUUUAUAAACUUCUAGAACUGUGUCAGCAAAGACUGAAGAAUAGCACCGCAAGCACUACUGUAGUAGUGAUACCCUAAGUUUUCAGCACAAUUCACAGUACAUUUUAAGACAAAGGUGAAACGUCAUUUGGGAGGUAGAAAAAUGAAAAUAAGAUGAAAAUGAGUGAUUUUCCUUAGCAUUCUUUACAGCUCAAAAACGUUAGACAACAAAGACAACAUGCUGCAAAGAAAAUAAUAUAUACAAUAUUUAGAAGUUUGAAAACUGAAGGAAAGUAUUCUCAAACAACUCCCACCCCAUUUAUAUAUGGGGAUUAAAUUUUCUUAUGGGAGAUACACAAUCAUGUCUCUAACUUGACAAGCUGGUCUCAGGCCACUUUGUAUCAAAAACAAAAAAAACAAAAAAAACAAAAAACGCCUCAUCCCAAUUAAUGGCACUUGUUAAUGACUGAAUAACUAGGAAGUGAUAACAAACGACUAUACUGUGUUGCUCUAUGGCAAAAAAAAACAGUGUCAUACUAGCCAUGUUACAUGAACAACAAACACAAGUAUGCUCUUAAAAAGCUUGAAAUUUCUCAGAUUUUAUGUAGGAUUGAGAUAUGCUUUUAUCGUCGAUGAGCUAUUACCAGUGCUACUUAUAUUGAACAUUCGCCUACAGUGCCAUCCUGCUUUUCCUAUCCAAAUUUUACCAGUCCUUCAAGGACUAAGACCAAUCUUAACCACUACAGUAAACUUUUCCUGGAUCAACUAAAAAUCUCCAGAACUACAGUGCCCAACACAGUCACCACUAGCCACAUGUAACUAAUUAAAAUUAAAUAUUCUGGUAGAAAUGGUACUCAAGAAUAGCUGUUUUAAUAAACUGAAAAUUUUUCAUUUUAAAAAGCAGGUCUAGAGGCCCCUAGUGAUGAAAGGUUAAGUCUUAAUAUAUAUUAGAGUAUCUGUAAAUAGGCCCAUGCAUCUAACUCAAUGGCAACAAAUAUUUGAUCAUUUAAGUCUGUAUUGACAAGAACAUGGGCAGGCUUGCUUACAUUCAGUAUACAGAAAUUGCUUUCUUGACUAUCUUGGUUCUAGGUAACAAUAAUACAGUUCAUAUGUUGAGAAGGUAUCUAGAAGAUAACAUUACACUGUCUCCAGAAUUUUCAUCUUUUGUGCUGAGAAGUGUUAUGGUUUCUAUUUUUGUUUGAUGUUUAAAAUAACUAAUGAAAGACUUUUCCCUCAUUCCCUCUUCUGAGUUCACAUUUACACUGUAUAUCAGAAUCUAAUGAUAAUAUUUAAAUACUAAGUGGUAUAAAGGAAUUAUAAGAAUACUAUAAUGUUCAGGUAACUGUCUAUUGAACUGUCAUGUAGCAUUUAAUACAUGAAAACUAUAUAUAAUCAAAUAUGUACAACUGAAUAUAUUCUACCAUUUAAUUAAAAGUUAAAAAUUUGGAGGGGGGUUUAACUGAAGACACUGAAUUCUAUUAAAAGUAUAAAUGUUUCAAAUUCAGAACAUUCCUAAGUCACUUCAGAAUUGAUAUUAAAAUUGGUAUUCUUAAGUUGUAUAUUUUUGUUUUAAGAAAGGCAAUGCAAGAGUAACAGAAAACAGGUGAGCAGAUAUGUUUUAGAAACAUCAGUAUUUUUGUAUGAAAUGGGACUUUGAAAUUUUAAUAAAGGUCUUGGUUAUUCGGUUUGAA